AUGGACAAGGAAGAAGUGCUUACAAUACCAACUUUUGAUGGAAGAACAAUACCAACUUUUGAUGGAAGAAUAAUGUACCAAGAAAUCAUUGAUGCAACCCAGGGUUUUGAUGCUAAGUUUUGCAUUGGGGAGGGAGGAUAUGGAACCAUCUAUAAAGCCAAGCUGAUAUCUGGAGAUGCAUACGCAGUUAAGAAACUCACAUCCUCAUGUGAUGGUAAUAUUUCACAGCAAAAAGAGUUCUUAAAUGAGAUAAGCGCAUUAACAGAAAUUCAACAUCGAAAUAUUGUAAAAUUGCAUGGCUUUUGUUCACAUUCACGUUUCUCAAUUUUGAUUUACAAGUACCUUGAAAAGGGUAACUUGGCCUCAAUUUUGAGCAAUGAUGGAGGAGCUAAAGAAUUGGACUGGAAUAAGAGGGUGAAUAUCGUCAAAGGUGUGGCUCAUGCAUUGUCUUACAUUCACCAUGAUUGCUUACCACCAAUUGUUCAUAGGGACAUAUCAAGCAAAAAUAUAUUGCUGGGAUCAGAGUACGAGGCUCAUGUUUCAGACUUUGGUAUAGCUAAGAUUCUUAAUCAAGACUUAUCCAAUUGGACUUCACUUGCAGGCACAUAUGGAUAUCUUGCACCAGAUAUCUUCCCUCCAAUUUCCGGAUAUCAUUCUAGGCACCCAAAUUCCCUAACAAGUAGCAGAGAGGCUAAUGCAAACGCAAGAUACACGCCCCCAACUAUGCAUACUUAUCAAGCUAUGGAAAAGCAAGCAGCAGAUUUGAGGGAUAUUUGUAGUAGAUACGAACGUGAUAAGAGGAUGUGGGCUGCAGUUUUAGACAAUUUAGAAAAGAAAGUAAAGAUAGUAUUUGCAGUUCAAGCAAUGGGUAAAUUUUCAUCAACACUUAAAUGUAAUUGUUGUUUAACUUCAUGUAUUCUAACAAUCUAUUCUAUCCAAGCUGCAGUUGCACAGCGUAAUGAUCUUAGAUUGAAGUUCAGCGAGGAGCAGGCAAAAAGAAAGAUGCUUUAUAACCAGAUUCAGGAAGCAAAAGGGAACAUCAGGGUGUUUGUAGGUGUCGCCUCUGAGGAAGGAGGAGAUAUCUACUGGCCUUUGAGGAAGGAGGAGAUAUCAACUGGGUAUGCAAUGGUUACAGAUUUUGGUGCAGCUAAAGAUGGAGAACUUGGGCCAUUUGCAGGUGGAUUGACAAAGAAGAUCUUCAAGUUCGAUCAGGUUUAUACGCCAAAGGAUGAUCAAGGUAUUCAUGGAGCAGGACACGUCUGA